AUGAAAAGGCUAAAAUGCUUGGAAUAAUAAAUUGUUUAAGAACAUAAUUUAAAUAAAGAAUAGGAAUCAAAAUUAGACAAAGAAUUAUAUAAGCAAAAAUAAUUUAGUUACGAAAAAUAUAAGAAUUUAAUUAAAAAAAAAUCCGUUUUUGACUAAUAUAUUUUAAAAUUAAGAGUAAAUAAUAUUUUUAGUUAUAAUUUAUUAAAAAUAAUAUAUAAUAUAGUAUAAUUAUACAAUAAGUAUAAUUUUUUUUAUGGAUUUAUAUUAUUAUAUUAGUAUUUAUAUUAUUAUAUUGCUCUUUUUAAAUAAAUAAAAAAAAUAUACAAGGCAUAAACAUUACCUAUAUUAGAGAGUUCAUUUGUUUAAAUUAUUAUGACUUUGACAACUUUUUAUGCACUAUAUGCAGACGAUAUUAGAGUUAUCGGAUUUACUCCUUCAGAUGAUGAAAUAUUUUAUUAAAUAACAUUUGGUUGUUUUAUUUUAUUUUCAGUAGAACUAAUUGCAAAUUGUUUAAUUAGAGAAAAAUAUUUUCUUGGGUUUACUUUUUUUAUGGAUUUUAUAUCUUUAUUAUCUUUAAUAUUUGAUGUACCAUGGUUAUCAUAAUCUAUAAUUGGAAUUUCGUUUGAUAAAGAUAAUUAAGUUAAUCUGUUAAAAGCAGGAAGAGUUUCUAAGGUAACAACAAGAGCAACAAAAAUAGUAAGAUUUAUUCGCUUAGUUAGGCUUAUUAAAUUAGGAAAAUUAUAUCAAAAAACUUUUGAAGUAAUAAAAGAUAGAAUCAAUGAAUAAUUAAAUUCUAAAUUAGAUAGUGGUGAUGAGGGUAAAUAAUAUCUUAUUUAUUUAAAAAUAUAUUAAAUUCUUAAACUUAGAAGAUGA